AGGCCCUGGCAGAGAGCUGCCGAGGCCGCGGCCCCGCUGGCAGGCGGCCACCCCUGUCUCCCAGCCUGCGGGGACACUGCGUGGCGUUCGGGCUCACGGAACCUCUCGGAGCCCGCCGUUGGUGAGGCUCGUGACCAGUCGUGCUGGGGAGGUCCCGUCGCCCCGAGCCCCGGGGCGGCUCGCGUUCGGAGGCCCGCCACGCUGUGCGCACUGGGGUCGGGCGCCCGGCUCUCCGGCUAGGCGAGGCAGCCUAGCGGAUCCCGGUAGAAACAUUGUUUCUCUGUCAAUAGUAUCUGGCUCGGCCGGCAGCCGCUUAUUUCCGAUCUUUGUUACUGUGUUACUCCGAGGCAGAGGGGUUUGGGUGAGUCUGCUUUCAAGUCAAGGUGGGCCGCGUCUGCGGAAAUAGUGCAGGACCGUUAAUCCCAGUGAUUUGUACAUUUAAUUUCCAAGAAGAGUUGUGAAGUGUAGAAGGAAGGAUGGCAGUGUCCCCUCGUAUGCUGCCACCCAUCUGCUCGGAGGGUCCGCGUAAACCAGGGAAGCUAGCCGUCCUCUGAGGGAGGCUUUGCUGUGUAAAACGAGACCUGGAGGGCCACGUGCAGCUCUACGACCUUAUCUGACAUCUCUGAAAAUGCGGUCCGUGCAGGAACUGUGUGUCAAGCUCGGGAUGCAGUCCAUUCCCAUCGCCACUGCUUGUACCAUUUAUCAUAAGUUCUUCUGCGAGAUCAACCUGGAUGCCUAUGACCCCUACUUGGUUGCCAUGUCUUCCCUUUACUUGGCCGGCAAAGUGGAGGAGCAGCAUCUGCGUACUCGUGACAUCAUCAACGUGUCCAACAGGUGCCUUCACCCAGGCAGCGAGCCCUUGGAGCUGGACUCCCACUUUUGGGCGCUCCGGGACAGCAUCGUGCAGUGUGAGCUCCUCGUGCUGAGAGUUCUGCGUUUCCAAGUCUCGUUCCAGCACCCACACAAGUACCUGCUCCACUACCUGAUUUCCCUCAAGAACUGGCUGAAUCGUUACAGCUGGCAGCGGACCCCCGUCUCCGUCACUGCCUGGGCCCUGCUGCGGGACAGCUACCACGGGGGGCUGUGCCUCCGGUUCCGGGCUCAGCACAUAGCCGUGGCAGUGCUCCACCUGGCCCUGCAGGCCUAUGGGGUCGAGGUGCCCGCCGAGGCUGAGGCCGAGAAGCCAUGGUGGCAGGUGUUUAGUGACGACCUUACCAAGCCAAUCAUUGAUAACAUUGUGUCUGAUCUCAUUCAGAUUUAUACCAUGGACACAGAGAUCCCCUAAGGCCCUGGUCCAGGCCUCCCCAAAGAGAAGCCCGGACGCCCGGCUGCCUGGGGACGGCGCCACCACAUCACCGUGACGCCCAGUCCCCAGAAGACCGGCUGGGAGGACAGGUUUUGUGCUGCUGGAGACGGGCUGGUGAAGGCGAUGACAUGCUGCCGCUUUGGUUCUCAUGCUUUGACUGGCCCCGGCAGCAGUGGUCCAGACGCUGGCGGGGCCGCGCCUCCAGUGGUCAGGCCGGGAGUGCGCUGUGUGGGGCAGCCCCCAGCGUCCACGUCUGCUUUUGUCCUUUGAGAGGAUACCGACUACAGUUGAGAUGUGACGUCAUGGGAAGGAAAAUCAAAGAACAGAUGGGACUGCACCCCUGGGGAGUUUUUAAAAGCCAGAUUUAGAGGAAGUAUGAAUGUGCAACAUAGAUGGAAUUUUAUUUUGUGUAAUAAAAGAUGAUACAAAUCAACGGA